CCGGCGGCGGACCGCGCGCGACGUCAUGGAGGAGGUGCUGAAUCGCAACACGCUGGGCCGGGGCAUCAGCUUCCUCGACCCCAUCGAGGUGACCGACGUGCAGUUUGGCCAAUCGUACCCCAUCUUUACCAAUGCGCGCGUGCGGCCGGCCGAUGCGAGUGGCCGCAUGCGCGUCGAGGUCGACGUCGACUACUCGGACCUGGUGAGCCUGUCGAUCGACACAAAGGUGCUCAUCAAUGUGCCGCGGCCCCGCUUUGCCGUGCUGCCCCUCUCGCUGGGCCUCGUCGUCGAGCGCUUCAGCGGCACCCUCGCGCUGGAGCUCGUUUCCAGUCCGCAUUCGCCGCCGUCCUUGCCCGCUUCUCAACUCGCUCGCAGUGGCGCCAGUGCAGCAGCCGCAGCAGCAGCAGCCGCAGACAGCGAGGCACCGCGGUCGCGACAUCAGCUGCGCCUCUCGCUGCACCCCGACUUUGAGCUCGACGCACGCGCGACGAGCCUCGUCGGCAGCCGGGCCAAGCUGCAGGACGUGCCCAAGAUUGAGCAGCUGCUCGUCGCUCGGCUCCGCGCCUUUGUCCACGACCGCUUCGUCUGGCCGCGCUACUGGAGCGUGACGCUGCCCAACCUCGUGCCGCGGCGGGCUGCGGGGCCGCAGCGGGGCGACGAAGGAGAAGAGCAGGACGACGACGAGGAUGACGAGGAAGAGGAGGAGGGGGUCGACGAGGACGGGGAUCUGAUGCAGGGGCAGGGCCGGCUGACGGUCCAGCGGGGCAAUGUGCUACUGGACGAGCAGGACGAGGAGGAGGACGAAGAAGAGGAAGACGAAGAAGAAGAAGAGCCGCACCCCGCCAUCGUCGGCUCGCUCUCCAACGGCCUCCGACACCGCAAUCGACCAGGCAGAGCACGCGCAAGACCGAGACCGACACUGACGCACAGCCAACUGCGCGCCUCGCAGCAGCAGCAGCCUGUAUGAGGGCUCUUUCUCCUGUAAUACAAUUGAAUUUACCCAG